CGCUUUUGAGAGACAAAAUGAAACUGUCUGUACAAAAAUUCUGUGAUCCUGUUUUUUCUACCGUGCUGUAGUAUUGAUGACCAAUUACAUCACCGUCUUYCAAGGUGUAUUUUCUGAGCUUCGAAUCAAACCAAUCCCCUAGAAAAUCCGAAAGCKUGACGUCAUAUUUCGGCAAAUUAUUAUGAUCACACUGAAUAGCGAUCAAGAAAUACUCAUUCGAUCGUAUGUGAAAGACUGCGUGCUCCCAAAACACACGCUGAUCGACGAGGAAGAUGCCGUCACCGUGGUUUCCAUUCUCGUCGCAACCGAGUUGGUGCCGGAAUCUCGGAUAUCGACAAGGGACCCCAGGGCUGUUCUUGACCUGAAGAAGGAGACAAAAUUUGAAUGUUUGGGUGGUGUUCGGAGCGAUAAAACUGAAACACGACGACGUCGAAUUACCAAAUUGUGCAUCGGAUCCUGGGAUAGCUAUCCGUUUUGCCAUCCAUGGGAGCUGACGACGAACAAGAAAAGCCAGAUUACGGAUCUAUAUACAAGACUUUCUGAUCUCGAAACGCUCAAGUUGGAACGCUGCCGUUGGUUUAAAUUGUUCGAGGCCUUGCGCUACCUCCGAAAUCUUAGAACCCUUGACGUGUCCUGUUUCACUACCGACGGAACUUCCAUCCGCUGCCAUGAUAGCAACGGAUGGGUGCCACACCUGAACCUAGAAAACCUUUACAUCAGCAGAGCUGCUGUGGUUAAUAGUGAUGAAGAUCUGGCGUAUUUGUUUGUGGACGUUUUGCCAAGGCUCCCGAACCUACGGGUGUUCCGGGUCGGCUGCAUGCUGGAACAGAACAGAAUGGAGAGUUUUCGGAGGGCCGCCGAACGGAUCCGGGAAACACCGUGGAGCAACGACAGCCGCUGCAGGCUUCGCAAACUGGUUUGCGAGCCCGAGCCCGAUUACAAGACCCACAUGCAGGCGAAGAAGCUGAAGAAACGAAUGAACGAUCCAGCCGAGGAAGAGGCCGUUGCCACGGUCCUCACGGCAUUUCGGGAGCUGUCUGUCGUGGAGGGGAUCUAUGGGUGGAACCUAGACACUGGGGACAUUCACGCAGCCCACGGAAAGACACUGGUGCCGUACCUCUUCGAGAUCAACCACGCCKGUCGUGUCCUGGUAGAGCCCCGCCCUCCAAGCGGAMCCGACCGCAAGAACGAUAUACUGCCCCCAGGUGUUCCAUCCACGGCGAUACCGCUGUCGGUCUGGCCCCGCGUUUUGGAACGAGCUGGAAAAUACGGCAAGCCAACCCCGAACCGCACACCGAGGGCUGGGGACGGCGCCACCGGGGUCUAUUAUCUCCUCCGAAAGGUGAUGGCACCGGUGAUCCUGCAAGAGUGGUCACGAAGCCCCUGCGGAAAGGCAAACCAAUAGGAUUGACAAUAGUCGAUUAAACCCUGUAGAAAGAG